AAACUCACCCCUAUACAUACUUUUAUUAAUAAAUACUACUGUAUAGUUUUUCUUUCUUUCUUUCCUUUACACAUUCAAAGACGCAAAAUCUUCAUACUAUGGCUGAAACUUUCAACUUCCUGGCAACUGAACGGAUUGCAGUUGUGAGUGGAGGCAACAAAGGGAUGGGAUUAGAAAUAUGUAGACAACUAGCAUCAAAGGGAAUAGUGGUGAUCUUAACAGCAAGAGAUGAGAAAAGGGGGAAUGAAGCUGUUAUUGAUAUGUUAAAGAUGUAUGGCCUCUCUAAUUAUAAUAUUAUUUUUCAUCAACUUGAUGUGACUGACAUUUCUAGCAUUGUAAGACUCAAAGAUUUCAUCAAGAACAGAUUUGGCAAGCUUGAUAUCUUGGUGAAUAAUGCGGCAGUUCUUGGAGUGCUUUUGGAUAAAGAUGUUACUAUAAGCCCAGAACAAGACCUAUUCAUUGAGAAGAUAAAGGUAGCAACUCAAACAGAUGAUGCAGCUGAAGAAUGUAUAAAAACAAAUUACUAUGGUGCAAAAUGGAUGAUACAAGAAUUAUUACCGCUACUUCAAUUAUCUGAUUCACCACGUAUUGUCAAUGUCUCCUCUAGUGGUGGAAAACUAGAGAAUGUACGGAAUGAAUGGGCUAUAAGAGUCUUAAAUGAUUGUGACAAUCUAACAGAAGACAAAGUGGAUGAGGUUUUGAAUGUUUUCCUCAAAGAUUUCAAGGAGGGUUUGUUGGAAAGCAAAAAUUGGCCUCCAAUUUUAUCUGCUUAUAUCCUAUCAAAAGCAGCCCUAAAUGGUUACACAAGAAUAUUGGCUAAGAAAUACCCAAAUUUUCUAAUCAAUUGUGUUUGUCCAGGUUAUGUGAAAACUGAUAUAUGUUGCAAUUGUGGCACAUUAAGUGUUGAAGAGGGUGCUGAAAGUCCUGUUUGUCUUGCUCUUUUACCCGAGGGAGGUCCAUCAGGAAAGUUUUUCAAUAGGAAAGAGGUGUCACCUUUCAACUGUAGUUUUCUUCAAUCACAAUCAAAACUACUCUCAAUGGCAGAAGGCAGAGCCACAAAAUAUGCAGUAGUUACAGGGGCAAACAAAGGGAUAGGAUUUGAAAUAUGCAGGCAGCUAGCUUCUCAUGGAGUGUUGGUGAUUUUGGGUGCUAGAAAUGAGAAGAGAGGGCUUGAAGCUUUGGAGAAACUUAAAGGCUUUGGUUUGGCUGAAAAUGUGGUGUUUCAUCAGCUUGAUGUUGUGGAUGAUUCUAGUAUUGCUUCUUUGGCUGAAUUCAUUAAGACAAAAAUUGGCAGGCUUGAUAUCUUGGUGAACAAUGCAGGAAUAGGUGGAGUCAGUAUAGAUGCUGAUGCCUUAGGAGCUACACAAGAGUCCAGUGGGACAGGAGGAUCUCAAGUCAACUGGAAUGACAUAUUGACUCAGUCAUUUGAGUUGGCAAAGGAGUGUCUUGAAACAAACUAUUAUGGUAUAAAGAGAAUGACUGAAACAUUUAUUCCACUCCUCCAUUUAUCUAAGUCGCCGAGGAUUGUGAACGUUUCCUCCUCCAUGGGAAAGCUAAAGAACUUGAAACAUGAAUGGGCUAAAGGAUUAUUAAGUGACAGCGAAAACCCAACAGAAGAGAAAAUAGAAGAGGUGAUAAAUCAAUAUCUGAAGGACUUCAAAGAAGAUUCCCUUCAAGCAAAGGGCUGGCCGCCUUUCAUGUCAGCCUACAUACUCUCUAAAGCAGCAAUGAACUCUUACUCAAGGGUCAUGGCAAAGAAGCAUCCGUCUAUACAGAUCAAUUGCGUCUGCCCUGGUUUUGUGAAAACAGAUAUCAAUUACAAUCGUGGGAUAUUGUCUAUUGAAGAAGGCGCGGAGAGUCCUGUAAGGCUUGCUUUGCAGCCUGAUGAUGGUCCUUCUGGUUUGUUCUUUGAUCGAAAUGAAGUCUCAUCCAAAAAGUUGAAUAUGGCAGAGAAAACCAUCAGCCUCCAGAGCACAAGGUAUGCAGUAGUGACGGGAGGGAACAAAGGAAUAGGAUAUGAAACAUGCAAGCAAUUAGCAAGCAAAGGAGUAGUGGUGGUGUUGACAUCAAGAGAUGAAAAGAGAGGCAUUAAAGCUAUUGAAAGGCUUAAAAAGGAGGCAAACAUUACUAGUGAUGAUCAGAUUUUGUUUCAUCAACUUGAUGUUAUGGAUCCAGCUAGUAUUUCUUCUCUUGUAGACUUCAUCAACAAAAAAUUUGGAAGGCUCGAUAUUCUGGUUAACAACGCAGGGGUUGGUGGAUUAAUGGUGGAAGGAGCUAUUGUUAUACUAAAAGAUUUAAUAGAGGGAGACUUCGUGACCAUUUCUACUGAAAAUGAAGAAGUUGGUACGGAGAAAUCAACUGCAGGUAUUGUUACAAAUUAUGAGUUGACAAAACAAUGUGUAGAGACAAACUUCUAUGGUGCAAAAAGGAUGAGUGAAGCAUUUAUCCCUCUCCUUCACCUCUCUAAUUCUCCAAGGAUUGUUAAUGUUGCUUCUUUCUUAGGGAAGUUAAAGCUAUUGUGUAACGAAUGGGCUAAAAAAGUGCUAAGUGAUGCAAAAAACCUGACAGAAGAGAGGGUGGACGAAGUGUUGAAUGAAUUUCUCAAAGAUUUUACAGAGAAUUCAAUAGAAGCCAAAGGAUGGCCAACUUACUUUGCAGCUUACAAAGUGUCAAAAGCAGCCUUGAUUGCCUACACAAGAGUUUUAGGUUCAAAAUACCCGAAUUUUCGGAUAAACUCUGUAUGCCCUGGCUAUUGUGGUACAGACAUGACCGCAUAUACUGGAAGUUUAACUGCUGAAGAAGGUGCUGAAAGCUUGGUGAAACUUGCUUUGCUGCCAAAUGAUGGACCUUCUGGCCUCUUCUUUUACAGAAAGGAAGUCACCUCUUUUUGAACAUUUGCCUGAUUCAACUACAUAUUAAUUGUUCAUAGGUUUUGGAGAAUCCAAUAUUUCGAGAUUGAGUCCUAGCUACGUGUGAAAAAUAAGGAUAGAAAUACACAAUAUAUCGACUCAGAAACCAUAACGUUUAAAUUCUUGUCAAUUUUCUCUUUAAAAUAUGUAAAGGAUCUUUGUCUUCAUAAUAUUGGAUUGCACCUUUUCAUCCCAUUA